AUGCUGCAGGCUCGCAAGGCCGGGAAGGACGCGUAUCUCAAUGAGGACAAAAUUGCUAAUUCCCCUGCUUCCUCGGCUAAUAUUGCUGAUACCCUGCCUCCCUCGGUAAAGAUUGCUGAUACCGUGCCUUUCUCGGUAAAGAUUGCUGAUAACCUACCUUCCCCGGUAAAGAUUGUUGAUACCCUGCCUUCCUCGGUAAAGAUUGCUGAUACACUGCCUUCCCCGGUAAAGAUUGCUUAUACCCUGCCUUCCUCGGUAAAGAUUGCUGAUACCCUACCUUCCUCGGUUGAGAUUGCUGAUACCCUGACUCCCUCGGUAAAGAUUGCUGAAACUCUGCCUUCCUCGGUAAAUAUUGCUGAUACCCUGCCUUCCUCGGUUAAGAUUGUUGAUACCCUGCCUUCCUCUGUAAAGAUUGCUGAUAACCUGCCUUCCUCGGUUAAUAUUGCUGAUACCCUGCCUACCUCGGUUAAGAUUGUUGAUACCCUGCCUUCCUCGGUAAAGAUUGCUGAUACCCUGCCAUCCUCGGUUAAGAUUGCUGAUACCCUGCCUUCCUCGGUUGAGAUUGUUGAUACUCUGCCUUCCUCGGUAAAGAUUGCUGAUACCCUGCCUCCUUCGGUAAAGAUUGCUGAUACUCUGCCUUCCUCGGUAAAGAUUGCUGAUACCCUGCCUUCCACAGUUAAGAUUGCUGAUACUCUGCUUUCCUCGGCAAAGAUUGAUGAUACCCUGCCUUCCUCGGCUAAUAUUGCUGAUACCGUGCCUUCCUCGAUUGCUGAUACCCUGCCUUCCUCGGUAAAGAUUGCUGAUACCCUACCUUCCUCGGUUGAGAUUGCUGAUACCCUGACUCCCUCGGUAAAGAUUGCUGAAACUCUGCCUUCCUCGGUAAAUAUUGCUGAUACCCUGCCUUCCUCGGUUAAGAUUGUUGAUACCCUGCCUUCCUCUGUAAAGAUUGCUGAUACCCUGCCUUCCUCGGUUAAUAUUGCGGAUACCAUGCCUACCUCGGUUAAGAUUGUUGAUACCCUGCCUUCCUCGGUAAAGAUUGCUGAUACCCUGCCAUCCUCGGUUAAGAUUGCUGAUACCCUGCCUUCCUCGGUUGAGAUUGUUGAUACUCUGCCUUCCUCUGUAAAGAUUGCUGAUACCCUGCCUCCUUCGGUAAAGAUUACUGAUACUCUGCCUUCCUCGGUAAAGAUUGCUGAUACCCUGCCUUCCACGGUUAAGAUUGCUGAUACUCUGCCUUCCUCGGCAAAGAUUGCUGAUACCCUGCCUUCCUCGGCUAAUAUUGCUGAUACCGUGCCUUCCUCGAUUGCUGAUACCCUACGUUUCUCAGUAAAGAUUGCUGCUACCCUACGUUCCUCGGUAAAGAUUGCUGAUACCCUGCCUUCCUCGGUUAAGAUUGCUGAUACCAUGCCUCCCUCGGUAAACAUUGCUGAUACUCUGCCUUCCUCGGUAAAGAUUGCUGAUACCCUACGUUCCUCGGUAAAGAUUGCUGAUACCCUGCCUUCCUCGGUAAAGAUUGCUGAUACCCUACCUUCCUCGGUUUAG